UAACGCCCAAAUUGGCGUUCUGAACGGUUAAUUGAUGGCUGUGUAAUUUUUUUACCAGCAUCAGUGGUAGCGGUGAAGAAGCAUGCUGUUCGAGAACAAAAAAGGACUUCUGUUUUGGGUUUGAUGAACCGCAAAGGAUUUAAAAAAAAACAAAAAACUGAUGAUUCACCGUGCACUGUAACAGUCGGCAUUGUGUGUACAGUUCCUGCAUCCGAAAUGUAUAUUUAAUGAAUGGAAACACGCGUUUUUAAGAACACCACAUUGCUGCAUAUUAUUAUUAAUAACACAGACUACAUGCAAAUGUCGAAUUUAGUCAUUUCAAUCGUUUGCAAGCUGUCGUGUUUGCAAGUGCGUGCGCCCAGCGUCUGAAUUCUGCAAACAGAAAAACUGCAUCAGAAAAAGGACUCGUGGAAACACGACCCGCCUGGGGAGUGCUUGCAGUUCAGUGGUACUGAAACAGAACAAAAAAAGACCAAACCACAACCAGAACAUCUACUAUUCAAUGGAAAGGACUCCGUACAGAGUUCAGCUGGUUUAGAGGUCUGAAGAUCAGCUUGCACCGGAGAGACAGACAUCAUUAAGGGCUCCAUGGCGAUGCCGCGGUACUCCUCUCCCCCGGACGGGGGCUGGGGCUGGGUCAUCGUGUUCUCUCUCUUCCUGGAGUCAGCGCUGGUGUUCGGGCUGAUCCGCUCCUUCGGCGUGUUCUUCGUGGAGUUCGUGGAAUAUUUCGAGGAGCCGGCUGGAGCCGUGUCCUGGAUCACUUCCAUCGGGGUCGCAGUGCAGCAGUUUGCAAGUCCGCUCGCGAGUGCGCUCAGCAAUGCCUGGGGCGCGCGGUCUGUGGUGAUGGUGGGCGGAGUCCUGGCCAGUUUGGGGAUGAUCCUGGGCUCUCAGGCCAGCAGCCUGACUCACCUGUACCUGUCCAUCGGACUCGUCUCAGGUCUGGGCUGGGCGCUGGUCUUCACCCCCUCCGUCGCCAUGGUAACCCGCUAUUUCCACCAGCGGCGCACCCUGGCCACGGGGGUGGGGUUCAUGGGGGUGGGCGUGGCCUCCUUUGCCUUCUCUCCUCUCUUCCAGUUCCUGGUGGAUCACUACGCCUGGCGGGGGGCCCUGCUCAUCCUGGGGGGGCUCAGCCUGAACCUGCUGGUGUGCGGGGCUCUGCUCAGACCCCUGAGGCUCCAGGAGGACCAGAGCAUCACAACCAGCCCACAGCACCCCAGCUCCUCCUCCUCCUCCUCCCCCCCGCUCCUCUCCAGGCUGUGGUCCCUGUUCGACCUCUCCUUGCUCCGGCACUGGCCCUUCCUCACCUACACGGCCGCCAUCACCCUCUUCAACGCCGGCUACUUCAUCCCCUAUGUCCACCUGGUGGCACACAUCCAACGGAAGGGCUUCUCCGAGUACCAGGCGGCCCUGGUCAUGUCUCUGACCGCGCUGACGGACCUGCUGGGCCGGGGCGUGUCUGGCUGGGUGUCGGACCUGCGCAGGGUGAGGCUGCCUCACAUCCUGGCUCUGUGGACGGGGCUGACCGGCCUCUCCAUGCUGGUGAUCCCGCUCGGCAGCUCCUACCCCGUCCUGCUCGCCCUGGGGCUGGUCUACGGGUUCUGCUCCGGAGCCAUGACCCCCGUGGUGUUCUCGCUGCUCCCCGAUAUCGUGGGAGUGGGGCGCAUCUUCGGGGCGCUGGGGCUGCUGCAGAUGAUCGAGAGCGUGGGGGGGCUGCUGGGGUCCCCGCUGUCAGGCUGGCUCAGGGACCUCACUGGGGAUUUCACUGCCUCGUUCCUGGUCGCGGGGGCGUUCCUGCUGGCCGGGACGCUGGUUCUGUUUGCUCUGCCCCGCUUCUUCUCCUGUUCGGGCCCUCAGAACCAGUGCCCCGAGCCUGGACCAAUAACCAACGGAACCAGGCCCAGCAGCAGCAGCCAACCAGAACCCCUGAACUCCAUGGAACCCCAAGCGGCCCUGGUGACCGGACCGAGUGAGACCGUGACCUUCUCCGGGUCGGGUCAGAACCACAGUGCUACGCGGGUCGAGGACGCAAACUGCUGAUGCAGCCAAACAAGCCAAUCAACUUAUUCGUCUACCUCUGUGAGCCAAUCAGAACAGGAGCUUGUCUGUCUGUGUGUAGGGGGGGGGGGGGGGGUGUGUGUGUGUGUGUCUGUCUGUCUGUGUGUGUGUAUAGGUGUCUGUGUGUGUGUUUGUCUGUCUGUGUGUAUGUGUGUGUUUGUCUGUGUGUGUGUGUAGGUGUGUGUGUGUGUGUGUCUGGUGUGUGUGUGUCUGUUUGUGUAUAGGGGUGUGUGUGUGUGUCUGUCUGUGUGUAUAGGUGUGUGUGUGUGUGUAUAAACAUGAAACCUGUUUAACCCUUUCAGUCCUGAAUUAUUACUGAAGAAUGCAAAAUUAUAUGAUUGAAAAAGUAACUUCUUAUCGAGUAUACAUGAGAACAAAAACAUAUAAUCUGGUAGAUGGGAUUUCAUAAAGUCAGUACUUUUUAACCCCAGACGUAUUGAAAAAUCACUCCUGUAUUCCAGUGGAGGAAUCUCCUCAAACUUCCACGAGUCUGCACUCGCCUGUAUAACAGCACAGCCGCGGCAGGGUGUUUCAAAGUUGCUUUUUAUCACAACACAGAAACCUCGGGUCGCUUCUUUCCUUCACACAGGCCGUGGCGUUCUUUGAAACAGUUACGACUGAAAGGGUUAAUGAGCGUGCAAACACCGAGGAGGAGUGCAGUCUGGAGAAACUGCCUUUCUUUCACAUUUGUGAUUUUAAAAUGUUCUCAUGAAGUGAUCAGCGGUACGGCACUGCUAGUGAAAAAGGAAAGGUUUGUCUGCUUAUUUUUCUCUAGUUUAGGAAGCUUUGUGUUUAAAUCCUGGUUGAAAUCAUCCUUACAGUUGUUUUGUUAGGUGUUUGUGCUGCUGGCACAGAUUACAGGAUUGAAACCCAGCCAGGGACUAGUUAGUCAAGUCUUAUUUUAUCCUUUUAUAUAUUGAAAUGCAAUGAGGAUUUUAAUGAGAAAAAUAUAUAUAUAUUUCUUUUGAAAACAGCGAUUUGUAACAUUUGUCUAUUUCAAUAUUUAAUAUUCUUAUUUGUAGAUAAA